AUGUCGACUCUCCAGAAACUAGGCGGCUCAUCCUUGCUAGCCUUUGGUCUGAACAAAUACGAGCCUCGUUACUCGCCCGGCUUCAUCACCGCAACCAUACUCAUCUUCCUGGUUCAAUUCUUCGCCCUUGCGUUCUACAAUGUCGUGGUAUAUCCUCGAUUGUUCUCGCCACUCAGAAAGAUUCCUCAGCCUCCCAAUGGAGGAUUCUUCCUGGGCCAGACAAGACGUAUCCUACGCGAACCAUCGGGCGUUCCUAUGAGGGAUUGGGUCGAGAAUGUAAAGAAUGAUGGUCUCAUAUCUUACUCGGUUUGGGGAAUGCAGAGGGUCAUGCCAACGAGUCCAGCAGCACUUGCCGAAGUGCUCGUAACGAAGAAUUAUGACUUUACCAAGCCUCCAACAUUUGCGCAGGGACUGGGCCGCAUUCUCGGAAUAGGCAUUUUGCUUGCUGAAGGCGAGGAGCACAAAACACAGAGGCGGAAUCUUUCUCCCGCCUUUUCGUUUCGCCACGUAAAGGAUGUCUAUCCAAUCUUCUGGCAGAAAGCUCGUGAGCUUGUGGACUGUCUUGCUGUCGCUUCAACCGCCACAGAUGGAGGUUCGAAAGAAAGCAUAGGAGAUKCGGUGCCGCAACAUGCACCUGGCACAAUAGAUGUCGGUGACUGGACUUCCAGAGCGACUCUGGACAUCAUCGGUGUGAGUGGCAUGGGUCAAGAUUUCAAUUCCCUCGCAGACCCAACAAACAAGCUCAAUAAGAUCUACAAAAGCAUUUUCGAUGGAGGGCGUGGAAGCCGGUUUAUACAAGUUGCUGGAUUAUUCUUACCAAAUUGGCUACUGAAGCGUUUGCCUCUGAAGCGUAACCAGGAGCUCACAGAUGCAACCGACUACAUCAAGCAAGUCUGCCGAGACCUGAUCUCCAAGAAAAGGGAGCGCAUGGAGAAAGGUCAGGCUAGCGAGGUUGACAUACUCUCCGUGGCCCUCAAUUCCGGCGGCUUCACGGACGAGAAUCUAGUUCAGCAAAUGAUGACGUUUCUCCUGGCCGGCCACGAAACAACAGCGACUGCCAUGAUCUGGGCAAUCUACCUCCUCUGCAAGCACAAAGACAUCCAAGAUAAGCUUCGGGAAGCCGUCCGCGCCAAGAUCCCAUCUCUCGAUCACGACAUUACCCCCAACGACAUCGACGACUGCUCCUAUCUGCAGGCGUUCUGCUCAGAAGUCCUCCGGUUAUGGGCUCCUGUAGGUCUAACAAUGAGGGUUGCAGCGACGGAUACCGUCAUAGCCCAGCAUGUUAUUCCGAAGGGAACCACUGUGAUCCUGUCUCCUUGGGCGAUCAACACUUCCAAGGAGCUCUGGGGCGAUGACGCGCACGAGUUCCGACCCGAGAGAUGGCUGAACGAGGACUCCCGAGCCAACCAGAACGGAAAUGCCAAAUCAAAUUACGCCUUUUUGACAUUCCUUCACGGUCCACGAAGCUGUAUCGGACAACGUUUCGCUCAAGCAGAGUUUGCCGCUCUAGUGGCUGCUUGGGUUGGUAGAUACGACAGCUCAUUUGAAGAGGGUAGUCCCCUCUCCCGAGGAGAGCUUGAGAUCAAGGGAGGCAUCACUGCGAAGCCCAAGGGAGGUCUUUGGUGCACGUUGAAGGAGGUUCCGGGUUGGUAG